CCUGACAAAUUGGAAACAUGGGGUUUGUCAGAGCUCGCAUCUCAUCCGUGAAAUCCGCCCGAGCGAAUCGCGCGUUGUUAGUCAGAGCUUUCGCAACUUCUCUGCUCCUGCGCGUUCGAGAGGAAUUCUAUCGUGAAUUCGUGAACCUCAUAGCUUAUACCAUCACCUCCCGUAUCCUUUUCUCCGUUUCAUUGUUAUCUGACGCGCUUGUACUUAUGCGCUGGUAUUUAUUAGGGCAUGGAUCGUUUCGCGUGGCUCAAGGCCCAGCCAUGGCUCAAACCACAUGAUUCUCUAAGCCGCAGCCUCGUCAACAAUCCCGACAUAUUCUCUGGCACCCCGCUGAACGCUUACGGGCCUAACACCGGACCUGCUGGUUCGGUCGACGAGCCAACUAAUCCUAAAGACCUUCCCGCUCCCGAGCCUAGCUGGGUAUAUAACGGCUACGGAAGCUUCCAUGUCAGUGCGUCGGAACAGUACGGAUCGCCGACCAUAGGAGUGCUUUCGCAGCACGAUUCGCGUUUAGGCUGUUUCGAGUCGGCUCAACGGACACCUGUUCAUGAAAAGCGUCGGAAUGAUGCUAUGCUGGGUCUGCUUGCUCCCGACGCCAUUCACCUCGAGUUCGCCAUGGACCAGCGAAACCCUAACGCCACGCUUUUCGCUGUCCGCGUGGGCUGCCUGAUCCUGCCCGCCCUGGCGUCACCAGAUCCAACGCCUGCAGUACCGGCAGCAGCAGCGCCAGCAGCAGCAGCAGUGCCAGCACCAGCGCCACCGCCAGCACCAACCACGCGCCUCAGGACUGUGCUCGACUUUGGAGCAAAUGGCGUCUUCCUAUUGGACGCUGCUGCCGUCCGCCAGCUCAUCAGAGGCACUCGAGUAUUGCCGUGCUCCACGUAUCAUCAGCGGGAAGGGCUUUACAACAAGCGGCCUGAAAGUAACCAACAUGGUAACAGUGAUGGUAACAGGUGCUACAGUACCAAGAGCCAUAUAAAUUCUGAUGGCGGUUUGAAGAGAAAGCUUUUUCGGGAGUACGGGGAGGGGGACAGGGGAAGCAACGGAGAGGAAAGGGCAGAGCAGAUCGGAAGGAGGGGGGGGGAGAGGAGAGGAGGAAAAGAGGGAACAAAGAGGAGAGGAGCAAGAGGAGAGGUAGGGAGGAGGGGAGAGGGAGAGAGGAAGGGAGUGGGAAAGGGAGCACGUAAAACAGGAAAGGGUGUAGGGAUAGCGAGGGGGGGAAGGGUUCAGGUAACAGGGAACAUGAAGGGAAAAGUAGGUAUGAAGGGAAAAGUAGGUAUGAAGGGAAAAGUAGGUGGUGUUGUGGCAUCAGGCGAUUCUGGGUUGAAGUAUGGGACGGCGGGGAGCAAGGGAGGGACAGGGGCGAGAAGGGAUAGACAGAGCAGGAGAGCAUGGGAUGGGGCGGAUGGUGAAGGGGUUAGGGAGGAGGAGGAGGGUAGGGAUGAAGGUAGGGAGGAGGGUAGGGAUGAGGGAGAGGAGGGAGAGGAGGGAGGGGAGAGAGGGAGAGGGUUGGAGGAGGAGGAUGACAGUGAUGUUGUGCUGGUGGAGGGGCCUGGGGAAGGAAGAGAGGGUGAGGAGGAGAGGGAGGGAGAUGAGGAGAGGGAGGGAGAUGGGGAGAGGGAGGGAGACGAGGAGAGGGAGGGCGAGGACGAGAGGGUGGGUGGGUGUGGGACGAGUGGUGCUGCGGGUGUGGGGAGUGACGAGGGGAGUAGGGCUUUGGACGCGUCGCAGAAGGCUGUUGGUAUUAGGCGUGACGAGGGCAGCAAGCGUUUUGAGGCGUCUCAACUUGCUGUUGGUGUGGGGAGUGACGAGGGGAGUAAGCAUCUGGAGGUUUCCCAAAAAGCUGUGGGUGUGGGGAGUGACGAGGGGAGUAAGGAGUGGAAGGAGAGGCAUGUGAUCUGCACUCAGUUCCCGACCAAAGCCAGCUCUGAGACACCUCCGAGCAGGGAUAGGCAUGCCAUAUGCACUCAGUUCCCCACCAAAGCGGGCUCUGAGACACCCCCGAGUAGGGACAGGCAUGCGAUCUGCACUCAGGCUCCCACCAACGAGGCAAGGAGAGGGGAGGUGGGGAGCGGAGAGAGGGAGGAGAGAGAGGAGGGGGAGGAAGGGGGGAAGGAAGAGGAGGGAGGAGAGGAAGAGGAGAUGGAGGAAAUAGUAAUGGAAGAGGAGGAGGAAGAAGAGGGGGAUGAGGAGGAAGAGGAGGGGGGUGAUAAGGAGGAGAAAGAAGCAGAUGAGAGGGAGGAAGAAGAGGAUAGUGAAGGAGAGGAUAAUGAGGGUGGAGGAAGGGACGAGAGGUGUGAGGAGGAAGGAGGGAGCAUGGAAGAGCACGGAGGUCCGGAGGAGGGAGAUGACAGGGUAACGGAGGAGCACAGAGGACUGGAUCAGGGGAUUGACGGGGGUUGGGAGGAGGUCAAUGAUGAUGGGAUAUGUGCUGCCUGCCGGCAUGUGCCUUAUGUCAGCCUGCUGCUGCCGCAUGUCACUUUCACUCUGCAUGGAUCAUGUGGGUCAGAGCAGCAAGAGCAGCAAGAGAAGCAAGUGGAGCAGGAGGAGGAAGCGGAGAAAGAGGAGCAAGGGGCGGAUGUUGAAAGUGCGGCUCUCGCCAUAGCAGCUUCUAUGGCAGCAGCAGAAGAAACUACAUCAGCACCAUCAACAUCCGCAGCAGCAGCAGCAAUAUCAGCCGCAGCAGCUGCAGCAGCGUCAACCACCAGCACCCUCCCUCCAGCCCUCUCCUCACUCGCCUCCCCUCUCCCUUCUUUCUACCGGUGGGCGUCUGCAUGUGAGGGGAUGAGUGCAGCCGCAGUGGGGGCGACUGAGGCAUGUGGGGCGGACAGUUGGCUCAUGGCACACAUGCUGCGGGAAACAGCUCUGCUUUCCGCUAUUGGAGAGGCGGCCCACGAGGAGAUGGUGGGAGGGGCUGCAGUGAUUCACACGCAGUAUGCAAGUGCACAGGAGGAGCUGAAGAAGGAACUGGAGGGGUCCCAGACGCAGGCAUUCAGACGCAAAGGCCCACCUCCUAGUCCUGCUGCGUUGAGGGAUAUGAGGUCCCUGCUUGACAAGGUUGGCACCCUUAAUGGACGGCAGCUUUUAGUGGAUAUUUUCCAGAAUGGAAAGGGGUAGCAUUAUAAUUAGGUGCAGAGGAGAUACAGCUGUCGAAAGAUACAGCUGUCGGAAUUUAACAAGCAAUUCAGCCGCCAUCGGGGAUGUAGCUCAGAUGGUAGAGCGCUCGCUUAGCAUGCGAGAGGUACGGGGAUCGAUACCCCGCAUCUCCACGUUGCCUCCAUUGACAUCUUUUCCCGUGGGAAAGCCUCUCCAGUUUCAUCCGUGUGCGCUUGGUUUCAGCUGUCGUGCGGGGGUGUCUGGCCUGGGCGUGCUGACUUUUGGCGCUUACGUGACGGGAGUAGCUGUUGGCGGGCAGAUGCGAUAGGUUCAUCGAGGGUUCCACCGUUCCAUCGCAAAACAAUCGGACAGCCGAGGAAGCGAUCUGUCAAGCCUAGAAGGCCACACGCCGGUUCCCUCGUCGCUGACUGGUCGCUGCCGUCAAGAGAUUUGCGUGCGACGUAUUCGCGCCGGCGUAACUGACUCUACUGCGCUACAGACGUACCGGAUCGUCGAGGUGACGUAACGGGUGUUGCCGUAAUGUAGCUCCUAUCGCGACUGUAGCGUCGACGAGGGUGGCGCUGGUAACCUUGACCGCGUAUCGGGCCUGUUUAUAACGCGAUGGAGCAUCGUCAUCAGCAGCAGCAGCGUCGCCGUUCAGCCGCCAGCGCGACUGUGGUGUUCGUCGCGUUUGGGACGCGGGGGGACGUGCAGCCGCUUGCAGUGCUAGCAUCAGCGCUCGCUGCAGAGAGCAGAUCACAGCAGGGGGGAGCGGAAACGAAGGGAAACACGGC